AUGGAAAAUUCAAUUAUUGAAAACGUUCAGCAUCGUCGGGCUAACAGCAACACAAAAUAUCAUUGUUUGUAUGGCUACUACUUCCUAGAAUUAUCACGAUCACAGUUAAGUACAAUCUACAAGAAGUCCAAAUCAACCCAGGGUUCCUGGAUUGUGGAAUAUGAACGAGAAGGAAUAAUAACUCGUAGCAAACGUCAGAGUACUUUUAGAAAGAUUUAUGUAGACAAACGAACUUGGUUGAUAAACCUGUACCAGAAAAAUCCUAUCUUGUAUCUCGACGAAGCUCGCCAACAGUUCAUCAUGCACUUUGGAGUCUCAAUCAGCGCAUCGUCAAUUUGUAAAAUAUUACACGACGCAUAUGGAAUGACAUGGAAAGUAGAUAUCGAAAGAUAUGUUAAUGAAUUGAGCUGUUUUCAAUGGGAUCUUCACCAACUCCUUUUUCUUGACAAAGUUGCCUUUGCAAAUACAGAGAUCAUGCGCAACCGAGGAUACGGAAUUAUAGGACAGAAGUUAAUGUUUAGAGGAGAGUUUUGCAGGAAACCACGAAUUCCGUGUCUCUGCUUUUUAGGGCAAGCUGGCAUAGUGGAAAGUUUUGAAACAGAAGGUACAUUCACGCGUCAAAAAUCAUAUCCAGUUAAAUUUUCAGUGUGGGUGAUGGACGGUGCUCGCAUUCAUUGUGACGCGAACAUCAUACAAUAUUUGCGCUCUUUGGGAAUAAUUCCUCUCUUUUUACCAGCUUACUGUCCAUUUUACAAUCCAAUUGAAGUUGUUUUUGGAUUAAUUAAAAGAUAUUUGAAGAGAAACUUCAAAGAGAUUGAUAAUAUGCCACUAUCGAGUGCUGUUCAAGCCGGGCUUAUCAAAUUUACCUUAUAUAAUUGUACAGAACUGUUUUCAAAAUGCGGUUAUGCUUCUGGUGGUAAAUUCAAUUCAUCGGUUAUGUAUCAAUAA